AUGGGGCUGGCCAGCAGAGCUGUGGGGACGCUGGGGGUCUCGAGAGAGGCACAGCUCCCCUCUCUCUGGAGGAUAGCGCUGCUCUUCCUCUCCAUCUGGGAGAUGGAUGCACAAACCGCAGUGGAAUCUAAACCCCUGUACAUCUGGCAAACAGGGCCAUGGGGUCGUUGCAUGGGCAGUGAGUGUGGACCUGGUGGCAGCCAGAGCAGAGCGGUAUGGUGUGCCCAUUCUGAAGGCUGGACCACCCUGCACACCAACUGCGACCAGACAGAAAGGCCAGACAACCAGCAGAGCUGCUUCCGAGUGUGUGACUGGCACAAAGAUCUGUACGACUGGCAGCUGGGUGCCUGGAACCAGUGUGUCCCGGUGUCAAUGCGCAGUGCCGGGGUGCAGCGCCCUGCUGUGUGUACCCGGGGAGAUGAGGGCAUCCAGACCCGUGAGGUGGGCUGCGUUCAGAAAGCGGAUGGUGAGCCGGCAGAAGACGCGAUCUGCGAAUACUUUGAGCCUAAACCACGGCUAGAGCAGGCCUGUCUUAUCCCCUGUCCACGGGACUGUGUGGUAUCUGAGUUCAGCCUGUGGACUCACUGCUCUAAAACCUGUGGAAUGGGAUUACAGAACCGGAUCAGAUUCGUUCUGGCUCCACCACUGUUUAGUGGGGCAGCCUGCCCAAACUUAACUGAAUUUCAGACAUGCCAGCCAGGGCCCUGUGAGGGAGAGGAGAGCCUUUACAGCCUCAGGGUGGGACCAUGGGGGCCCUGCUCCGUGCCGAUGCCAAGGCAAGCCAGACAAGAGAAAAUGAGAGAGAAAGUCCGGGAGAGGUUAAGGGAGAGGGGUAAGGUGAAAGACCCUGAGACCAGAGAACUCAUCAAGAAGAAGAGGAACAGAAACCGCCAAAACCGCCCAGGAGGAAAGUUCUGGGACCUGCAGGUCGGCUACCAGACCAGAGAAGUGAUGUGUGUGCAUAAAAGUGGGAAUGUCGAAGCUCUCAGCCUGUGCUCUCAGGAGUCAUUGCCGGUGACCUUCCAGGCCUGCGUCAUGACCAAAGACUGCGACGUGACUGAAUGGUCUGAGUGGUCAGCCUGCUCCAAGGAGUGCUACGACCCCAACGGGCCCAAGGGGGAGCGCACUCGCACCAGAAAAGUGAACCAGUUCCCAAUUGAUGGAGGAGCAGAUUGUCCAGAGCUGGAGGAGAAGGAGCCCUGCAGCCCCCAGGGAGACGGAGUGCCACCCUGCAUUGUCUACAGCUGGAGGACUACAGAGUGGACCGAGUGCAGGGUGGACGUGCUGCUGAGCCAACAGGACCGUCGGCGUGGAAACCAGACGGGGUUGUGUGGAGGAGGGAUUCAGACUCGAGAGGUCUACUGUGUCCAGACCAGCAUGGAUACACCACCCAACCUCAGCUCACUCCGGAGCAAAGAAGCAUUGCGACCGAUGGACAGUGAUCUGUGUCUGGGUAUCCCCCCGAACACCACCCAGCUCUGCCACAUCAGCUGUCCUGUUGAGUGUGAGGUGUCUACCUGGAGCGCCUGGGGACCCUGCACCUAUGAAAACUGCCAGGACCAGGCAUCCAAAAAAGGCUUCAAACUGAGGAAGAGGAAGAUCGUCAACGAGCCGACUGGUGGGACGGGAAACUGCCCCCACCUGGUGGAGGCAAUACCGUGUGAAGACCCCAGCUGCUAUGACUGGCUGGUGGUUAAACUGGAGGAGUGCAUCCCUGAUAAUGAGAAGGAAUGUGGACCCGGAACCCAGAUCCCACAAGUGCAGUGUGUCAACAGUGACGGUGAAUAUGUGGAAAGGCAGCUCUGCCGUGAUGCCAUCCUGCCUAUGCCGGCCAUCUGUGAGGUGCCUUGCCCAAAGGACUGUGCCCUGAGCCCCUGGACCCCCUGGUCUCUGUGCUCCCACACCUGCUCUGGAAAAAACACGGAGGGCAAGCAGACCAGAGCUCGAUCCAUCUUAGCCUAUAAUGCCGGAGAAGGUGGAAUCCAGUGCCCCAACAUCAGUGCUCUGCAGGAGGUGAGGAGCUGCAAUGACCACCCCUGCACUGUGUACCACUGGCAGACAGGCCCUUGGGGUCAGUGCAUAGAGGACUCUUCCAUUCCAGCCACCAACACGUCUGCGGGCCGAACACGUGGCGAUGAUGCCUCCUGCUCAGUGGGGAUGCAGACCCGCAAGGUCAUCUGUGUCCGGGUCAAUGUGGGCCAGGUUCCACCCAAAAAGUGUCCGGAGAGUCUUCGCCCAGAUACCGUCAGGCCCUGCCUGUUGCCGUGCAAGAGAGACUGCAUCGUCACUCCGUACAGCGACUGGAGCACCUGCCCAUCGACGUGUCAAGCAGGUGGUAACACCAAGAAGAAGCAGUACAGGAAACGUAUUAUGAUCCAGUUACCGGCCAAUGGGGGACAGGACUGUCCUGAGGUUCUGACUCAGGAGAGAGAGUGUGAUGCUCCAUCCGUAUGUCAAGGACACAGAUGGAAAACCCACAAGUGGCGGCGAUGCCAGCUGGUUCCAUGGUCAGUACGUCAGGACAGUCCUGGAGCUCAGGAGAUCUGUGGGCCGGGCCUGCAGGUUCGGGCUGUUUCAUGCCGGAGGCAGGACGGCGGGCAGGCAGACGUCGAAGCUUGUCUUAAGUUUGCCAGCUCCAUGCCGCCUCUCACACACCCCUGCCAGCUGCCCUGCCAGGAAGACUGUCAACUCAGCAGCUGGUCCAAGUUCUCCUCCUGCACAGCCGACUGCGUGGGCGUCCGGACCCGCAAAAGGAUGCUGGUCGGAAAAAGCAAGAAGCGUGACCAGUGUAAAAACACCCAGAUGUACCCCCUGAGCGAGACCCAGUACUGUCCAUGUAACAAGUACAACGCCCAGCCUGUGGGCAACUGGUCGGACUGUGUCCUACCUGAGGGGGGCCGCGUGGAGGGCCAACUUGGCAUGAAGGUCCAAGGUGACAUCAAGGAGUGCGGCCAAGGCUAUCGUUACCAGGCCAUGGUGUGCUACGACCAGGACAACCGCAUAGUGGAGACCUCUCGCUGCAACAGCCAUGGGUACAUCGAGGAGGCUUGCAUCAUCCCCUGUCCAUCUGACUGCAAACUGAGCGAGUGGUCCAACUGGUCACGCUGCAGCAAGUCCUGCGGCAGUGGGGUCAAAGUUCGCUCAAAGUGGCUCAGAGAAAAGCCCUACAACGGCGGAAGACCGUGCCCUAAACUGGACCAUGUCAACCAGGCUCAAGUGUAUGAGGUGGUGCCGUGCCUCAGUGACUGUGGGCAGUAUGUCUGGGUGGCAGAGCCCUGGAGUGUGUGGAAGGUCAGCAAUGUGGACCUGAAGGAUAACUGUGGUGAAGGUGUUCAGACCAGGAAAGUCAGAUGUAUGCUGAACACUAUAGACGGGCCCUCUGAGCAGGUGGAGGACUACCUGUGUGAUCCAGAGGAGAUGCCUCUGGGGGCCCGCAACAGCCGGUUGCCGUGCCCCGAGGACUGUGUGUUAUCAGACUGGGGAGCCUGGAACCCAUGUCCACUGCCAUGCACUGGGAACAGUACUCGAGAGAGGAGCGCUUACCCGCUACGCCAGCCUGGAGAGGAGAAGGAGUGUCCUCCGAGUCGAGAGACAGAACUCUGCAAACUCAACAGCAACUGCUUCCACUACUCAUACAACAUCACUGAUUGGAGUACCUGUCAGCUGAGUGAGCGAGCUGUGUGUGGAAACGGUAUCAAAACCCGCAUGCUGGACUGUGUGCGCAGUGACGGCAAAUCUGUAGACCUCAAGUUCUGUAAAGAGCUGGGCCUGGAGAGGAAAUGGCAGAUGAAUGCUUCCUGUGUCGUGGAAUGUCCCGUCAACUGCCAGCUGUCUGAUUGGUCACCGUGGUCUGAGUGCAGCCAUACCUGUGGGCUGGCAGGCAAGCUGUGGAGGAGGCGGACAGUGAUCCAGGCUCCCCAGGGUGAUGGGCGGCCCUGUCCGACCCAGAUGGAGCAGUGGAAGCCCUGUCUGGUGAAGCCCUGCUACAGCUGGAGAUACAGCGCCUGGUCUGACUGCAAGUCUGAGGGAGCGAGGUGUGGAGAAGGACUGCGCUUCAGGAACGUGUCGUGCUUUGUGUCGGACGGUUCAGGCCAGCAGGACAGCAGUCUGGUGGAUGAGGAGCUGUGUGGAGAUCUGGAGCCCUCGGUGGACGGAGAUUCCAACAUCGUUCUGCAGGAGCCCUGCACUGUACCCUGUCCAGGAGAGUGCUACUUGACAGACUGGACCGUUUGGAGUCCGUGCCAGCUAAGCUGCGUGAGUGGGGAUGACCUGGGUUUCGGCUCGGUCCAGGUCCGAUCUCGAGCAGUGGUGGCCCAGGAUCCAGAGAACCUGCUGGAGUGUCCAGAACAGGAGCUGGAGGCGCGGCCGUGUACAGAGGGUCAAUGUUUUGAAUACAAGUGGAAGACUGGACCAUGGAGGGGUUCAUCUCGCCAAGUCUGGUGUCAGCGCUCAGAUGGACUAAAUGUCACAGGUGGAUGCCCAGUGACAGCUAAGCCGAUGGCUGACCGGUCCUGUUCACCGCCCUGCACCAAGCCUCGGUCCCUGUGCACAGAGGCGGGGGUGUGCGGCUGUGAGGAGGGCUACACUGAGGUGGUGACGUCUGACGGCCUGCUGGACCAGUGUACAGUCAUCCCCGUGCUGGAGAUCCCCACUGCCGGUGACAACAGGGCCGACGUCAAGACCAUCCGGGCCUUCAACCCCACCCAGCCUGCAGCCAGCUCACCGGGCCGGGCCGGACGCACCUGGUUCCUGCAGCCCUUCGGCCCAGAUGGGAAGCUGAAGACCUGGGUGUAUGGAGUAGCAGCAGGAGCAUUUGUUCUGCUCGUCUUCAUCAUCUCCAUGACAUACUUAGCAUGCAAAAAGCCAAAGAAGCCACAGCGACGGCAGAUGAACAACAGACUGAAGCCGCUGACUCUGGCCUACGACGGAGACGCCGACAUGUAG